UUGAGAUGCUGCAGUUUCCACAUACAUCAUACGAACCCUCGUUUUACUGAGCGAGCACCUUCAGACCGAUCCAACUCACCGAGUCAACGACCCUCGUUGAGUUUAGUGUUUACUAUGGCGAUAAUUUCCGAUAUCGAAGAAGAACAAAACGAUCAAAGGCCGUCCGCCUCCUCCUCCUCUUCCUCGUCGUUGGAGCCGAAGGAGUUUAGCGCGACAUUGGAUCCUGCCAACCCUAUAGGGUUCGUGGAGAAGGCUGUCGAGUUCCUAGCGAAAGAGAGUGACUUCCUGGGAAAGGAUUCGUCGGAGAGGGAGAUUGCCUCAGUCGUGAAGGCAGCCAAGGAGAAGGUAGCGAAGAGGAAGAAGGCGGAGGAAGAAACGAGGAAGGCGGCGGAGAAGAAGCUCAAGGAGGAGCAAGUUAAGGAAGAGAAGAAGGUGGAAAUCAAGGGGAAACCAAUGGAAGUGGACGAGGAUAAGGCGGAAGAGAAGAGUGGCAAGAGAGUUCCAAACAAGGGCAAUGGCCUUGAUCUGGAGAAAUAUUCCUGGACACAGACCUUGCAAGAGGUUAAUGUACAAGUACCAGUUCCCAGUGGAACUAAAUCUAGGCUCGUUGUGUGUGAUAUGAAAAAGAAUCAUCUAAAAGUGGGUCUCAAGGGUCAGCCUCCAAUAAUUGAUGGGCCACUUUUUGAGUCUAUCAAGAUUGAUGAUUCUUACUGGAGCCUAGAGGACCAGAAUACAAUCUCCGUCUACUUGACCAAGCACAACCAGAUGGAAUGGUGGAAAUCUCUGGUUAAGGGAGAUCCUGAGGUUGAUACUCAGAAAGUUGAACCUGAGAACAGCAAGUUAUCUGACUUGGAUCCAGAGACGCGACAGACUGUUGAGAAGAUGAUGUUUGAUCAGAGGCAGAAGUCUAUGGGACUCCCAACCAGUGAAGAGAUGCAGAAACAGGAUAUUCUGAAGAAGUUUAUGGCUGAGCAUCCAGAGAUGGACUUCUCAAGGGCAAAGCUAUCAUAAGCUGGUUCUUGGGGUCAAGUCUUGUCGAGUGAAAAACUUUUUGAACUUGGCUUCUGAGAAGCCAUGGAUGCAAAUUUGUUUAUAUGCAGUCAAAUUAGAAAGGUUUUUGGAUGAACUGAUUUCUUAGACUCGAGUCUUGUGGAUCUUGGCCCUGUAUGGUGUUUGCUAUAUUUUGGUUGUCACAUACUGUGAUUUCACCAAAACUCAGUUCCUUCUAUCUUGAUAUGCAUUUCUGUGACUAAUCCAGCUGUUUCUUAACUGAA